AUGCUGGGAUCGAAAUCGGGGUUCCAGAAGCAUGUCAAGGAAGUAGCUCCGAAUGCCAAGGGGAUCCACUGUAUGAUCCAUCGUUUUGCACUGGCGUCGAAAACCCUCCCUGAUGAACUUUGUAAGAUCCUGGAGGCAGUGGUCAAAUGUGUCAACUUUGUGAAAGCUUUAGAUCUGAACUCUCGCUUUUUCCAGAACCUUUCUAAACAGCAGAAUCUCAAGCUGCAGGGCAAGGACAGAAAUGUGUUUCACCUCAUGGAUUGUCUUCGUGCAUUUCUUGCCAAGCUCCAGAAUUGGCAAAGGGAAGUCAAUGCAGGAAAUGUUGCCAUGUUUGAGAAUCUUUCAACUGUUUUUGAUGAAAAUGAAGAUCAUCUGCUUGACCCAUCACUCAAAACUGAAAUCACUCAGCACCUGAAAUCCUUGGAAAGUGAGCUCAAAAAAUAUUUCCCAGAAUUCGAGGAGGAAGGUGGGAAAUUGGUGAGGAAUCCUUUUUCUGGCACUCUUGAUAUUGCUUCCAUUUCCAAUGAUGUUCAGGACGAAUUUCUUGAUCCCAAGAAUGAUUCUGCUGCCAAAGAUCUCUGA